CCGAGCUCUGCCGAAGAUGAACAUUAUGGAUUUCAACGUGAAGAAGCUGGCGGCUGACGCCGGCACGUUCCUCAGCCGCGCGGUGCAGUUUACUGAAGAGAAGCUUGGACAAGCAGAGAAGACUGAAUUUGAUGCUCACUUGGAAAACCUUCUCAGCAAAGCGGAAUGUACUAAGCAUUGGACAGAAAAAAUUAUGAGACAGACAGAAGUUUUGUUACAGCCAAAUCCAAAUGCUAGAAUAGAAGAGUUUGUCUAUGAGAAACUAGACCGCAAAGCACCAAGUCGUAUGAGUAACCCAGAAUUACUGGGUCAGUUCAUGGUUGAUUCUGGCAGUGAGUUUGGUCCAGGAACAGCAUAUGGAAACGCUCUCAUUAAAUGCGGAGAAACACAAAAGCGAAUUGGAACAGCAGACAGAGAACUAAUUCAGACAGCUGCAAUAAACUUCCUCACUCCUCUAAGAAAUUUUAUAGAAGGAGAUUAUAAAACAAUUACUAAAGAACGCAAAUUAUUACAAAAUAAAAGACUAGAUUUGGAUGCUGCCAAAACCAGACUGAAAAAGGCAAAAGCAGCAGAAGCUCGAGCUGCACAACUAAACCUGUCUCCGCCUGAAGAAAAUAACAUUAUGGUAAAUGUCUUUUACAUGCUCAACUUGCUGCAUGUAAACUGGCUGAAGAUUUGGGCAGAGGAAGUGUCAAAAUCUGAACAGGAAGUCAGGAUAGCCCAGAGUGAGUUUGACAGGCAAGCUGAAAUUACAAGACUUCUUCUGGAGGGCAUCAGCAGUACACAUGCCCAUCAUCUUCGUUGUCUGAAUGAUUUUGUAGAAGCUCAAAUGACUUAUUAUGCACAGUGUUACCAAUAUAUGUUGGAUCUUCAGAAACAACUUGGAAGCUUUCCAUCUAUGGUCCUUGCCAACAAUAACCAGUCGUCUUCAACUUGCGCACCAAGUAGUUCUACUACUACACCCUCUGCUUCUGUUACAGCUUCGCUGUCUUCAGUAGGCAAUUCAGCAGCAUCUUUAAGCUUUGGUGAACUGAAGUCAUCAGGUGGCAGCAGAAAAGCCAGAGUGCUUUAUGAUUAUGAUGCUGCAAAUAGCAGUGAAUUAUCACUACUUGCUGAUGAGGUGAUAAUGGUGUACAGUAUCCCUGGCAUGGAUUCCGACUGGCUGAUGGGUGAAAGAGGAAAUCAAAAGGGCAAAGUGCCUAUUACUUACUUAGAACUGUUAAACUGAAUGACUGGUUUGUAUAAAAACUGCCAGUUAUGGUGAGACCAUAUUUAUAUGCAAUUAACAUUAUAUAACACAGGUUUCAGUGUCUUCCAUGUUAACGUCUAAAGUGACAAGAAUACCAGCCAUUAGAAGUGGGCUUUUCUGCCAAUAUUGUUGCAUGGUAGAGACUCUGUUCAGAUUUGUGCUUUUACUUAAGUGCCAAGAAUGUGUUUCCUACCAAAUUUUGUUUCUAUUGGUCUUUUCACUAACAACAAAUGUUUACUUUUGAGUAAUCUAAAUUGAAAGGAGGUGCUGUUUUCUACAGAACUUUUCAUAAUGACAAGCUUCUUCACACAAAAAAUAAAUUGUUAAAUGAUU